CGGUUGGCCCACACCGGACGUGGCAGUUCACCGUCGGCUACAGCUGUGUGCGCCGAGCCGCUGCUUUUGUUCCCUGUAAAAGCCAGACAAAACCUCCUAUAUUCUGCGGAUCGGACCUUCCGCCAUGGGGCUCACGAUUUCCAAUUUGUUCACCAAGCUUUUCGGCAAAAAACAGAUGAGGAUUUUAAUGGUUGGUCUGGAUGCUGCUGGGAAAACCACUAUUUUAUACAAACUGAAGUUGGGUGAAAUUGUAACAACAAUCCCCACAAUUGGUUUUAAUGUGGAGACAGUAGAGUACAAGAACAUCAGUUUCACAGUGUGGGACGUUGGUGGUCAGGACAAGAUCAGACCCCUUUGGAGACAUUACUUUCAGAACACACAGGGUCUGAUCUUUGUAGUGGACAGCAACGACAGAGAAAGAAUCGCAGAGUCAAGAGAUGAACUAAAUAAGAUGCUCCAGGAGGAUGAGUUGAAAGAUGCUGCCCUAUUGGUGUUCGCCAACAAGCAGGACCUGCCCAACGCUCUACCGGUCAGUGAACUCACGGAGAAGCUCGGCCUGCGUGCGCUCCGCAACAAAGACUGGCACAUUGAAAAUGCCUGCGCCACCCAAGGCACCGGUCUCUACGAAGGACUAGACUGGCUAUCCAAUGAACUGUCCAAGAAAUAAUGCAGGAAUUGACAGAACGCAGACAAAAUGGCUGAAUCUCCACGAAGGACAACAGACCAACAUCUACGCACCAGGAUACACUUAACCACCUCUGGGCUCGUUGGGUCUAAGAACAUUUUAACAUCUCAUUCUCUCUCUCCUUUUCUGAACGCUAUUGUCUUGUCAAGAUUUCAGCUCCUCCUCUUUUUAUUUCCAAAUGUGUGAAUUCAGAUUUUGUUUUUUUUGUUUUUUUUCUCUGACAUUGAAAGCAUCCCAUUGCUUUGAGUCUGUACUGUAAUUACUCCCAUGUAUGUCGAGGUUAGCAAUGGUCAAGGUAAUCUCCCAACAUUUUUAUUUUAUGUAAAUCACCAAAUUCUACUACUAUACAAUUUCUUUUAUGUUUAAAUGCAUGAUGCAAUGGACCAGUGUUUUGUCAAUUUUGACAUUUCCUGAUUUUUUUUUUUUUUUUUUUUUCCCUCUCAAAUGGAUUACGGACUCUAGCGUCGCACAUUUUUGUUUCACUUUUGUUUUACCUGAAAGGGAUAGUCCAGUAUAUUGAAAGCAAGUGUCUGUUACUUGGAGAUGGUAAAGUACUUUUUGCAGUAAUUGCUGAAGUAGAGAAGUGGUUUCAACUAUUGACUGACUUGAAUUGUGGUACAGUCAUGUAACUGUGAUAAAAUCAAUCAAACGGACAACUCUGGUUCUGCUUUUCCAAAUAGUGUCUUAAGUAGUGAAUGUGAUCUCUCAGAAUAUAGGCACUUUGACAAAAUAUUGAACUGUCCCUUUAAUUUGACCGUAAAGUAGCAUGUUUUGUGUUGUGUAAUAUUUAAUAACGUUUUAAUAAUUGUAUGCGUCUUCACAUACAACCAUGUUGGCCCAUUCCAAAUUAUGCUUGCAAAUAGUCAGCAUUUAAAUAUUAUUACGAAAUAUCUUUGAAUAAAAACUAUGUUUAAACCAA